AUGAAUCAAUAUGCAAGUCCACUAGUUUCUGACGACAUUAGUUCAAAUACAAACGUUGUUAAUGCCGUAGGUGACAAUUCUGACGAGUAUUAUAGCGAUUCUGAAUCAAAAUCAGAUAAAAAAGCUUUAAUCAAAAGAAAACGUUCCGACAAAAAGAAAAAAUCCAGUUUAAUAGAGAUAAAACCGAAAGAUUAUCAAGGUUCAUCCACUACAACACUACUAAUUCCUGGAGAAGAUUAUGGGGAUCGUACAAUCGAUGAAUCCAGCCACUCUUCAUGGAUAGCGGAUGCUAAUAACAACGCUAAUGAAGAUAAUGGUAUUGUUAAAAUGGAUAGUGAUAUGUUAUUAUCUCCACCGCAAACUCCUACAAAUCUCUUAGACGGCGAGUUCACAAACGCUCCUAUCUACGACAAUACUUCGAUACUUCCAACCAGUUUCGAUGAUACUGAAGUCUAUAAACCACUGCCGAAACAAGAAGAAUUCAAACAGCCGAAAAUGCGUGAAAACAAGAGCUUUAACAUACUCCCCAACCAAAACUUUGUAAUGAGUCGCCCAGGAUACAUGUUACCUAAGUCUAAAAACCCAGAUGAGCCAAAACUUCAAAUUUACGACGGAAUGGACUCUGGAGCGAUUGACAGCGCAUCAUUUGAUAGUAUACCUACUGCAGAUAUCAAGUUCGGCUCCGAUAUCUUCGCAAGUCAAACAGAUAAUUUAAGGCCUACGCACAACUACUACGAUCCAAUGACUAAGAGCAUUGAAGAUCAGUUACAAUCCACAGGUCUUACCUUCAUGGAGGGAGCUUCUAUGCUUAAACCUGCGCCAUCAAAUUCAAAACUUCCAACAAUUCCAGAUUUCGCGAAAUUCAACUCAAAGUUUGCAGCUCCAGCUGAAUUUAGUACAAUGGCACUCUCACAUCUUUGCGAAGUCUGCAAAAAAUCGAUUACUGGCGAAUAUAAAUUUGUAAAUGGAAUAUAUUAUCACGUACAGUGCUUAAAAUGUGCCUCAUGCCUUAAAGUCCUCUCCGAUGAUAAUGCUUAUCAGUUUCAAGGUUAUAUGAUGUGCAAAGAAUGCAUAUUAGCAGCAAUGAACCGUCGUUGCAAAGCAUGUAACUUACUAAUAUUAAAUCCAGCGGAUGGAGUUACUCUUCAUACUGGAGAAGUCUUCCAUUCGAAUUGUAUCGGAUGUUAUCGUUGUUGCAUGCCAAUAAAGGGCCAAUCAUACAUCGAAAUUGAUGGAAAGGUGUAUUGCAAGGCUUGCGAUGAAUUUAUGAAGAAGCAUAAGUGCAAUUACUGUCAUAAUUCAAUUGUUAGUUACGAUUACGUUGUUCACAACCAAAAAUACUUCCACAAAGAUCACUUUAGGUGCUGUAUGUGUGAUAAAGUCCUAAAAGGCGAUGAUUUUAUAGUUCAUCAUAAUAAAUUUUAUUGUCCUGAGCAUGGAGCGCCUUACGAGGAUUCCUGCAUGUUCUGCAGAAAGAGAUUCAACCUUUUGGCCGAUAAAGUUAAGUUUAAUGGCAAGUUUUACCAUACUCAUUGCUUCAUUUGCAGAGUUUGUGGUUGUAGGUUACAGCCACCGCUUGCAAAGUCAUUCCACGAAAGACCUCAUUGCAAAGAAUGCUACGAUUACAGGAAAUCUAUUGAAAUGAACAACAUUCACAAACAUAUUCCAGAAAAAUCACAACAAUUGAAGCAAAAAGUAUCAGAAAAUAGGGAUGUUGCAUAUGUUCAAUACACAGGGAGUUCUAAAACUCCAUUGGAAGGACCUCCCAUUGAAGAUGUUCAUACGAUUUCAACUCCGAAUAUCGACGAGUUGACUUUUUAUAGCUAA